AGAGAGACAGUUAUAACAGCAUAGCAGCAGCAAUAAGAUCAAGGAAGAACUAAAAGCAAAAAUUCUAAGCAAUGGCUCAACAGAUUCAAGUUUGUGAUGUUCAGCCAACUCUUGUGACUCUCCCGCACUGCAAGAACACCAUUGAUACUCAACACUUCAAGACUGGUACUGUAUUUGUGAGGGCGUGUGCUCUUAAGUUGGAAGGGAACUGGCAGAAACAUGGAAGUUACAUUGAGUUGCUAGAGAGCGCCACGUUCAAAGUUAGCGGAGAAUGUCAGCUGAAAGGUGGAGAAGACCCUUAUGUAGGCCAUUUUGUGGUCGGGCUGGCAAAGCACCACAACAUGGGAAAAGUGAAAACUGAGUUAAGCCCUCCUGAUGAAGAGAACGAAGAGGACUUCACUAAUCAUUUGCCUGGGAUAAUGACACCUAUCGCUCUUGGUCUUUGUGACGAUGAAUAUGUCAAAUUCUCUCUCACGAGUGCUGAACCCUACUGGAAAAUGCAGAAAGGCCUCAUCAUAUAUGGUGUUACUUUCACUCCUAUGGAAAUGGUUUAGAAUGUGAUCACAGUAGCCAUAAGUGUGUCAACUGCCAAGUUCAUGGCUUAUGUUGUUUAAGUUUAUAAUGCAUGUAAUAAUGAAAUAAAUACAUUAACAACCCUGCACCAGCAAGGUUGUUAAUGUACUAUGAAUAAAGAAAUUAAAACCAUAACUACCAUUAGGUAGGUGGUUUAUUCUGCUAAGUAAA